AUGGCGUCCAACCCGGCGGCGGAGCUUGCAUCCACGAUCCAAUCCGCCAGCAUCAAGCGCCACCCUGAUCCCAGUCACGAUAUCAACCCCUCCACCGCGGCCUCCAAGAAAACCCCCGGCGAAGUCGAAGCCAUCUCACCACUGCGUUCCCGCUCAAACUCUGUGGCCUCCGACGCCUCCACCAUCCCCAGCGAUAUACUCCGGCCCAGACCGCGCGCUCGUUCGUUCCCUCCGAUCCCCGACUUCCGCUUCGAGCAGUCCUACCUCGCGUCUAUCAAGAACGCGGACACCAACUGGAAAGUCGCAUUCAUUACGAUUCGAGAUCAGGUGGUUUUACCACUCACGCAGGGCAUACUAUGGAACCUGGUGAUGUUCGGAUGGAGGCAUUGGAACCGCGGCAGUAAAUUCCAGGGACGCAGUAUAGGGGCCAAGGUCCGCAAGUGGUGGUGGGGGGUGAAUAACUGGAAGGUCCCGACGGAGAAGAGGGCGAGCGAGAGUGAGCACCGCCAGGUCGCGGAGCGGGUGGGGGAUUUCUUUGUCGAUCGGUUUGGGAGCAGUCUCGGGGAUUGA